CAACAACUCACGACGCCAGGAGUGAUGACAGAACCCCCACUGGUCAUCCCCUUCCUCCCGGAUGCGUCGGUGAGCAACGGCCUGCCUGUCGACCCAGUACGUGUUGCAGCAUGGGUCACCUCGACGGCGUCCGGCCCAUCCAAGCGCAUCGCAAUAGCCGGCAAGGACAACAGCAUCUGGGUGGUGCCCUCGUCCACACACCAUGAACGAGUGUCUUCACUCCCCGCCCUCUCCCUCCCGUCGCCGGGCGAAACACCACGGACGACAAGACCACGUGCGAGUUCGUCGGCGUCCUCCAUCCUCAGCCACUCGUCGGCGCUGCGGCGCGUCUUCUCCCCACCAGCGAGCUCGCCGGCGCCACCGACACUCCUCUCGAUGGACGCGACCCCCGCACCGCCAGAUGAUCAUGCCGCGAUCCCUGCGUCGGAGCGCGCCGAGCUGCUCGACCAGCUGAAGGCGCAGGCCGAGGUCGACGAGCGCGCCGGCCUCGGCAAGGGCCUGGCGGCGCUCACGCGGCGCGGGCUCCCUGUCCACGGGAAGGAGGAAGAAAACGGCUUGGGCGGCGUCGAGAGCCCGCGGUCGACGACGUCGACCGACUCGGCGCGCAAGGCGUCCCGCCUGUCAGGCUUCUUCACCCGCACCAACGCCGAAGAGCAGGACAAGGAGGCGCAGGCGCGCGCGAGAGAGAAGCUGCACGAGACGGCCAUCGACCGCGAGAUGGACCGCGGAGAGGCCGAGGCCGCUGCCGAGGCGGAGCAGGUCAAGGUCGUCGAGCGCGCGAGCGCUAGCACGACGCUGGACCGCACGCCCCUGGCCAGUGUCAGCCGCCGGAGCGUGAGCAGGCAGAACAGCGGCACGAACUCGCCUCGGCUGGGGGAAGGCGGACCGGUCAGGAUCGUGCUUCCAUACCCUGGCCGAGGGAAGAUUGUCGAUCUAGCCGUCCUCGAGGAAGUUGGCGAGCUGGUGGUGCUUCGUGAUGCGGGCUUGCUAGACGUCAUCUCGCUCAGUACGCUGCAACUCACCACUCACGUGGAGCUGGACGACGCUGCACCGCCGACGAAUUCAAAGACCCCGCUGCUACACACAACAUGGCUCUGGCGUCGGGUACACCUCGCCGCGAGAGAAGAGGGCGCGCUGCUGGUGAUCAAUGGCGAACCAUGGCCGUCACCGUGGCCAUCGGCUAACGGAGAGGUUACGAGAGUGACCAUGCUCGCGCUGCCAACCCACCAGCCGGUAGCUGUACUCGAGCUGCCUGGUGUGGGCGACGUCGGUGUCUCGUCGACCAGCGAGGCGAGCUAUCUCCUCCACGCUACCGCCACGUCUCUCAUGUCGUAUCCCAUCAUCUUCCCCGGCACCUCUGUCUCUGGGUCUUCGACGCCUCGGUUGUCGUCCGCCGCGUCCGACGGGUCGCCCCUCUUGCGGCCGGAGAUGCCGCGACGCACAGGCGCCCUUGCCCAGGUGCGCAACUUCUCUGGAGCAAAGAAGGAGAGCGGGCUGGCCAAGUUCCUCGCCGCGAGCCGAUUACCGUCGAAGAAGAAGCCUACGGACAAGAUUCCGACCGCCGGAAUUGACGAGGGCUUGGAAGUGAUGCGCGACGGAGGCGGUCACUGGAAGAGCGUGAGCCUGCAUGAUGACGGGCAAGGUGUCGGUCUUGCCGAGGACCACGUCGAGGCGUUCGACUUUGACGGCAAGACGCUCAAAGUGCGCGGGUCAAUAUCCAUUGAUGGGGGCAAGUGCCAUGACGUCGUCUUCACGUCUGGCUGGCACGAUGUGGUCGUCGUCGCGGGUGAUAACGCCAAGCUCUACGGCCGCGAAGGCCCACUCAAGGCCGGAGCCUUGAAGUGGGUCAGCCGAAAGGCGUACGCUGCGCGCGGCGCGUGUAUCAGCGCCGGCCUGCUCCACACGGUGGACAAGGACUCAGCGGCCAGCGUGGACCUCGGCAGCCGGCUGGAGCGUACCGUCGAAGCCAAGCUGUCGGCCCCUGUCGCUGGAGACAAUCUCUGUCCCCUCGAUGCUGAUACAUUGUUCGCAGCGGAUACCAGCGGCGCCGUGCGCAAGCAGACCUUGUCCGAGUAUCUUCACGGCGUGCCCGCCAGUGACGAUGUACUCAGCAGUGAUCGCCUCGAGUCGGGCGUGACGGCCUCGGCCAUCAUCCACUCCGAUAUGGCUAUUGGUGGAGCGUUCCUCGUCGCCGGUGACGAGGACGGCAGCGUGCGCGUGUGGGACGCCAAGCCUUUCCGACUACGCGGUUCAUGGACCCUGUUUGACGACCCGGUGCACAACAUUGCGCACCUUGACCUCAAGGAAGCGGCCUCGCUCGAAGGUGCGCUGCUGUGCACCUCUGAGCGAGGCUCGGUUGCUGUCAUCUCCCUUCGUGACAUGGAUCAACUCUUCUUACUCCCUGCUUCUCGCGCACCAUUGGCACGCGUCUUUGUCGGCGGCCACAACAUCCUUCUCGCUUACGCCAAUGCCAAAGCGCGUGUAUGGAACGUUGAGACGCGCGAAUUCCGCCGCUCUACUGGCCUGGACGCCGCCGACGACAUGGUGUCGCAGCCCGGAUGGGCCGAGGUGGUUCUGAAAGAACCUCCGGCACUGGCUGGCCCGGUGACCAAGGUUGUCGGCGAAACACCAAACGGAUCGGAUCUGGGCCGCCUGCUUCAGCUCGAUCUGCGCAAGCUCGGCGAGACGCACAGCGGCUCGGCAUCGCCCUUGCCUGCGCUGCGCGGCUUGCUGUCGGUCUUUCUGACGUUUGGUGUCAAUCCCGCGAUUGAUGAGGUGUGCACCAGCAACUUGGGGAUCACACCACCACGGGCGCCGGCCGCCGUUGGCCUGGAAGGGUCGCGUAGGUCGGCGACCGUCGCGUAUACGUCGCCGGUGGACGCGUGGCGCGUCUCGUCCACCGCGACGGGAUUGCGGCAGCUCGCGAUCGUGUCGCUUCUCCGACCAUUCCUCGAUUCGCCAGAUCACGAGACCUGGGCGGCGGAUGUCAUUGCGUUCUAUGCUUCGUGCCUCCCGCAUGAUGCGAUCGAAGCGGAGCUCGAGCUCUUUGCUGCCUUCUAUCUGGACUCGUGCCCAGAUGUGCACCAAGCGGCCCGCAUGCUGUUUGGCGCAAGGAUAAGCCGCAUGUCCAAUACGGAGAUAGAAGCCCUGGUCGAUGCGCAACAAUCACAUUUGCCCAGCGUUGUCCCUGAGUCUGAGAAGAUGGGCGAGCAGGCGGCGCGUGCCCUCACCAUGGUUGGUGGCGUGGCGCUCCACAGAAUCGAGUGCAUGAACCCAGUUGCGUUGAAAAACGUCGCCGAUUCCAUCGCGCUGUAUCUGCACGACCCCGAGGCGACGCACGUCAGCUUGGCGAUCGAGCUGUGUUCCAAGGGCUUCGCGACGUGGCAGACGUUCUGUGACGCAAUGGAGCUACUGCGGCGCCUGUUCUACCUGGCGACGCACAAGGAUGUGCCAGGCCAGAAUGUGGCGGCGCAGGCGCGUCUGGCCGUGCUUCACGUCGCGUCGUUCAACGCCCCACUGUUCAUGUCCACGCUGUCGGUGGACAUUCUCGACGCAAAGUCGGCUGCGGCACGGAAGAGUAUCAUGAAGCUCUGUGUGUUCAUGGCACGCAAGCGACCGGCGCUCCUUGAAAACGGGCUGCCGCGUAUUGCCGAGGCCGUUGUCAAGAGCCUGGACCCCAAUGUGGGCAAGAUGCGCGACGAUGUGUGGGAGACGGCGACUGUGAUUUUGAACGAGCUUGUCCAGGCCUUCACAACUAUCGACUUCAACCCAACGACGCAAAAGCUUGUCGUGGGAACGCAUGAGGGGGCAGCUAUCAUGUACGACCUCAAGACUGCGUCGCGUCUCUACGUGAUUGAUCCACACAAGCACCCGGUGUCUGCGGUCGCGUUCUCACCCGACGGCAGGCGUUUGGUGACUGUGUCGCUCGAGGAGGGCGAUGUGACAGUUUGGAAGGUCGGCAGCUCGCUCAGCGGUUGGUUGAACGUUGGCGGGCCACCUCGCCAAGGCGCCGCAGCUGGGCAGCCUUAUCGACGGUUCCCAAUGUUCAGGGCUGGAGAUGACCCAUUACACGACACUGGCGCUCUGUCAGAGGUACAGAUAGCAUGGUCUGGUUCUCGCCAGGCACGGGUCACGAUCAAGGAGACUGCAUUGUCCUUUGAUACGACGUAAUACAGGACCGUGGGAUAGAGGCCCCGGAAUAAUGCACCUGCACUGCAGACACGGA